GCGCGCUCCACCACGCGUGCAUGUGAAGGCAAAAAGGGAAGCAGCAUGCUUGCUUGUUUGUGUGCCUUUUUCGCAGGCCAUCAGCACUUCAUUUCCCCUUUUCCAACCCACCCACCUCCUCCCACGUUUGUGCAGCAGGUGACUGACACGGCCUCAUGGACAACAAUUUCCAGUUUGACGACAUCGAUGAUGCUGCCCGCACGGACAGCUACCGCACUGCGGUGAGCAGUUCCAGGCGUGACUCGCCCUCCAAGUCCAUUCAGGGCGUCACGCGGGGCUCCAGCAACACCGACAUUGGCGUUCCGGCUGCCCCUGCAUCCUCUGGCGCACAAGAACCAUCGCGUGCAAGCAUCCAGAUUGUGCCACCAGAGCAGGCCAAGAACCCGAGCAAUGGCGCCUCCAACAGCGCUACCAACGGGGCCCCCAACGGUGCUACCAAGUCCACCACCUUCCCUGAGACCAAGCAUGAGACCAAGCAGUCUUCUCCCGAGCCAAGCAAAGAAGAGGGCAAGGGCGGCAAGAAGGGCAAGAAGGGCCCUGACCUGGACGACCUGAAGAAGGAACUUGUGAUGGACGAGCACCAAGUCCCCGUGGAGGAGCUCAUGGCCCGCCUGAAGCUCAAGAGCAUCGAGAGUGGUAUGACGGAGACGCAGGCUGCGAAAACCCUUGAGGAGGAAGGCCCCAACGCCCUCACUCCACCACCAACGACGCCCGAGUGGAUCAAGUUCCUGCGCCAGAUGGUUGGCGGCUUUGCUUCCCUCCUCUGGCUCGGUGCUAUCCUCUGCUUCGUCGCAUACGGUAUCCAGGUUUCCCAGGCAGAUGAGGGUGAAACGGUUGCCGGUGACAACCUCUACCUUGGCAUUGUGCUCGCCGCCGUCGUCGUCAUCACGGGCUGCUUCUCGUACUACCAGGAGGGUCGUGCCGCCAACGUCAUGAAGGGCUUUGCCAAGCUGCAGCCGCAGAAGAGCAAGGUCCGCCGUGAUGGCAAGGUCCGCGUCAUGGAUGCCGUGGAGAUUGUUCGUGGCGAUGUUGUGGAGAUCAAGUCUGGUGACCGCAUCCCCGCCGAUCUUCGUCUCAUCGAGGUCCAGGGUCUCAAGGUUGACAACUCUUCCUUGACGGGUGAAUCUGAGCCCCAGAAGCGUAGCCCCGAGUGCACGGAUGUCAACCCGCUCGAGACACAGAACAUUGCCUUCUACUCCACCAACGCCGUGGAGGGGUCUGGUGUGGGUAUUGUGAUUCGCUGCGGUGACAACACUGUCCUUGGCCGCAUUGCCGGUCUUGCCAGCGGUGUCGACUCUGGCGAUACGCCCAUUGCGCGCGAGAUCCACCAUUUCAUCAACAUCAUCACCGCUGUGGCUGUUGUUCUCGGUGUCUCCUUCUUCAUCAUCGCCCUUGCCAUUGGCUACUUCUGGCUUGACGCCGUCAUCUUCCUCAUUGGUAUCAUUGUCGCCAACGUGCCCGAGGGUCUCCUGGCCACGGUGACCGUCGCCCUCACCCUCACCGCCAAGAAGAUGGCCACCAAGAAGUGCCUCGUCAAGAACCUCGAGGCUGUCGAGACGCUUGGCUCCACCUCCACCAUCUGCUCCGACAAGACCGGUACCCUGACCCAGAACAACAUGACUGUCGCCCACAUCUGCUUCGACCAGGAGAUUCGCGAGGUCAACACCGACCCGACUGUGGAGAAGGAGUUCUCCCACGAGGUCAACGACUCUUACCGCGCCCUCUACCGCGUCGCCGUCCUCUGUAACAAGGCCAACUUCCGCCCGCCAAACCCGGGUGAGGACUUCAGUGACGUUGCCAUCCUCCGCCGUGACACCAUUGGUGAUGCGUCCGAGUCUGCCAUCUUCAAGUACACCGAGCGCAACGCCGCGCGCGUUCUCUCCGAGACGAAAUCCGUCCAGGAUUCGCUCGUUGUUGGUGAGCGCUCCAAGUACCCGAACGUGGCUGACAUUCCCUUCAACUCGAAGAACAAGUACCAGGUCUCCGUGCACGAGACACCAGACGACGACCCGCGCUACCUCCUCGUCAUGAAGGGUGCCCCCGAGCGCAUCAUCAGCCGCUGCUCCCACCUGUACCGCAACGGCGAGAUUGUUGACAUGACCGAUGCCGACCGCGAGAAGUUUGAGGCCAACAACACCGCCCUCGGAAAGCGUGGCGAGCGUGUGCUUGGCUUUGCCUGCCUCCGCCUCCCUGCCGACAAGUACCCCGCUGGCUACCAGUUUGAGACCCAGCCCGCCAACUUCCCUCUCGAGGGUCUUGUGUACUGCGGUCUCUUUGCCAUGAUUGACCCUCCUCGCCCCGCUGUGCCCGGCGCCGUCGCCAAGUGCCGUACCGCCGGUAUCAAGGUCAUCAUGGUCACUGGUGACCACCCCGUCACGGCCCAGGCCAUUGCCAAGCAGGUCGGUAUCAUCUACAACGAGAAGACCGUCGACGACCUUGCUGAGGAGCGCGGUGUGUCCCCUGAUCAGAUCGACCCCGCCGAGGCCCACGCCAUUGUCAUCAAGGGCACCACCCUCGCGGACAUGUCCUCUGAGCAACUGGACGACAUUCUUGCCAACCACACUGAGAUUGUGUUUGCCCGUACCUCGCCCCAGCAGAAGCUCAUCAUCGUCGAAGGCUGCCAGCGCGCUGGCCAGAUUGUGGCUGUGACUGGUGAUGGCGUGAACGACUCGCCCGCCCUGAAGAAGGCCGAUAUCGGUGUUGCCAUGGGUAUCGCCGGCUCCGAUGUGUCCAAGCAGGCUGCCGACAUGAUUCUCCUUGACGACAACUUUGCGUCCAUUGUGACUGGCGUGGAGGAAGGGCGACUCAUCUUCGACAACCUUAAGAAGUCCAUUGCCUACACCCUCACCUCCAACAUCCCCGAGAUUUCUCCUUUCCUCUUCUUCAUCAUUGCUGGCGUUCCUCUGCCUCUCGGCACUGUCACCAUUCUUUGCAUCGAUCUCGGAACAGACAUGGUCCCCGCCAUUUCGCUUGCGUAUGAGGAGGCCGAGGCCGAUAUCAUGCUUCGUAAGCCGCGCUCGCCGACCAAGGACCGUCUGGUCAACUCGCGUCUGAUUGGCAUGGCAUAUCUGCAGAUUGGCUUCAUCCAGGCUGCUGCUGGCUUCUUCACCUACUUUGUUGUCAUGGGCGAGAACGGCUUCCGCGCCAACCAGCUCUGGAACCUCCGCGAGGACUGGGAUGACCAGGGCAUUGAGGAGAUCACCGACAGCCACGGCCAGCAAUGGACGUACGAUCAGCGCAAGGAUCUGGAGUACACGUGCCAGACGGCCUACUUUGUGUCCAUUGUCAUUGUGCAGUGGGCUGAUCUCAUCAUCUGCAAGACCCGCAAGCUGUCCAUCUUCCAGCAGGGCAUGCGCAACAACGCGCUCACCUUUGCUCUCUUCUUCGAGACAGCGCUUGCGUGUGUGCUCGUGUACUCGCCCGGCACCGACGUCGCCCUCAACAUGCGCCCGCUGCUCUUCCGCCACUGGCUCACUGCGUUGCCGUUCUCCGUCCUCAUCAUGACGUACGACGAGACGCGUCGCUUCUUCCUCCGCAGCUUCCCCAAGGGCUUUGUCGAGCGCGAAACAUACUAUUAGGCUCGGAACACCCUCCAUGCCCUCAAUCGCAAACACACACACACACACACACACACACACACACACACACACACACACACACACACACCACACACACAACACACACCACCACGACCACCACCACACCACCCUCCAUGCAAGCGGUUCCAUUCCCAAUUGCAUACGUCUUCUUUCCUCUUUGUUCACAUGUUCCAAGUUGACGCUUCUUCGUGUCGUCCUCGUUAAGCAUUCCUUUCUUCUCGCUGUUGUGUGCGUGCACAACAACAACAACAAACCAACCAACCGAUCGUCACACCAACCCAACAACAACCUCCAUCCUGGUCAACGUCUUUCCCUUUCUUCUUGUUGUCGACUUUUCGACCAACAACACCCUGAAGUGACAUGUGAAGCAUACACUGACUUUGACUGUAGUUGCGCGCGUACUUGUUGCGUUUACUUCUUGCUCUUUGUUCCUCCCCCCCCUCUCCCCAAUUGCCUAUUGCACCCCAAGCCCAUCUAUCGAUCAACCCAAUACAAUGAGUGACCCCAAA